GCCUGCGACCGAGACCAGCAGUGCGGAGGAGGGAUGUGCUGCGCGGUCAGCCUCUGGAUCCGCAGCCUGCGAAUGUGCACGCCGAUGGGAAAUUUGGGAGAGGAGUGCCAUCCCUUGAGUCACCGAGUUCCCUUCUCCGGGCGGCGGAUGCACCACACCUGCCCGUGUCUCCCCGGCCUGGCCUGCGUACGGACUUCUCCCAGCAAAUUCAAAUGUUUACCAGACUUCAGAAAAGAAGAUGUCUUCUUCUAG